CAACCAACCUCGAAUCCCUUGCCCCCCUCCAUAAUGACGACUAACACCAGGGUCGAGGCAUUGCACCCAGAUUACAUCCACUCCGCAUGAUGGUUCUUUCAUACGCAUAACCUACAUAAUACCAUCAUAUCAACAGCCGUCUCUCUUUCGCAGCCAUCCACUGGCCCAGUCUAAACCAGACAGGACGACCUCCUUGGAGGUCUGUCACUGCCCUCCGGCACCAUGAUACGGCUUUCCAAACUUCCAUUGGGCUUUGCCCUCUCUCUCCUAGCAGCUAUCCAUGUUUCCGCUGUUCCUUCGGUCAACGUGGCCAUGAACGCUGCAUUCCCAGCUGGCCCCUACCUAAUCGAGCUCUUGGAGACGGCAGCCGGUGAAAACGAGACAUCAUACUUCCCCCUUCUUGACCGCGUGGCCAGCGGUUAUUUCCAAGACGCGACAUCGGACAAGGCCCUCUACGAGAAGUUCCUCGAGGUCCUCCAAGAAGAUGGACAUAUUACAAGCACCGAAGCCCUGUCGACGUUUAAACUAAGUCUCUCCACGAGAUCUGCGGCGCCACGAAUCGAGGCGCACUAUCAAUAUUACGACACUGCCAUCCUUUCGCACCUGGCAGAUUCUUCGCAAGACGGUUGUGACCAUUGGGCUCAACUCGAUGGACAACAAUUCUGCUCUCCCUCGCUGGAUUCUCCCCGGCCGUCGCUCCCGGGAGCCAUCAAGCAACUCGCGUUCGACCGCGUGCUGGGCACCGGCAAGGAUGCUAUCCUCUAUGCCGACCCCGCCUCCCCGUCCUUCGGUGCCAUGCACGAGAUCCUAGCACGGAAGGCUCGAAAUGGGGAGGUCUCGUACCGCCUGCGCUAUCGCAGAUCCAGUGUCACGAAUCUGGAGCCACUUCCUGUCAGCGGCUAUGGCGUCGAACUGGCUCUGAAGAAGACCGAUUACAUCGUCAUCGACGACAGGGAAACCGGGCAAGACGACGCCCAGAAAACCACGGGCACUGAAGUUGUGCUGGACGAAGAGGAAGAGGUGGAAGACCUCAAACCGCUUUCCACCUCGGAGCUGGGGCCUCUUGGGAUCAAGGCUGCAUCAUUCAUUCUGCGGAGCCAGGAUCCCUGGGACGCUCUCCUGAAGUUGACCCAGGACUUCCCCAAAUUCUCCACCUCGGUGGCGGCCCACGACGCGUCGGACGAGUUCGUCGCGGCGCAUAUGCAGAACCAGUUACAGGUUGCGCCGGGUGGUGUCAAUGUCAUGCUGAUGAACGGCGUGAGGCUCAGUGACCGCCAGUUCGACGCCUUCACUUUGGUCGACAAACUCCGCCAGGAGAGGAAGCUUGUGAACAGCGUACGAGAGCUUGGUUUCUCCGGCAAGCAAGCAACGUCGCUUCUGGGCCACCAAGAAAUUGCUGCCGCUCAGGCCGCUGACGAGCCCCUGAGGUUCGACUGGCGGGAUGAGCAGGAAGAUGGCCGCGUUAUUAUUUGGCUCAAUGAUCUGGAGAAUGACGAGGCCUACAAGGAUUUCCCGGCCCCUCUCCAAUCUCUUCUCCAGCGUACCUACCCUGGUCAGCUACCUCCUAUCCGGCGGAACGUAUUCAAUCUUGUCGUUCCCGUGGACUUCACGCAGUCUACUGAUCUCAAAGUUGUCAACACGCUCCACGCCUUCGUCCAGCGACGGCUUCCCGUCAGAUUCGGACUGGUUCCCAUUGCUGCUACCGAGGACAAGGCCAACCAGGCUCAAAUCGUCUACCAUUUACUCGAAACCUACGGCAUUGACACUUUCGUCGAAUACCUCCAGAAGGCCGUUGGGGAUGACUCCCAUCCCACCCUCAACCAGACCGCCUUUGACCUGGUCGUCAACGAUGCCAAGGUUCUCCCAGACGGCGCACCGUCUUCGUUUGACCAAGUUAUCCAGUCCGAGGAUCUCUCUAAGCAAGUUCGAUUGGCUCAACACUGGGUCAAGAGGGCCAUUGCCGACACCCCUACACCUACCAUGUUCGUCAACGGCCUGCCUGCGUCAAGAGAUAACAGCUGGCUCCAGACCAUGAGCGCAAAGAUCACCGCAGACCUCAAGAUUGUUCAGCAGGCUGUUUUCCGGGGCCUCGUCGGCGAAGAUGACUGGGUUCCCGGCCUCUUUCUCCAAGAUGCUGUGUCCCGACGCAACCCCUACAUCGAAGACACCAAAUCCGUGCAGGUUCUCGAUGUCAACAAACUCUCCACUGACCAUCGCAAUCUCUUCUCCCAGAUUCCUAUUAUUCAGGGGAAUCCCGAAGCCACCAAGGAGAAUUGGGCGGUCCUGACUGUCGUCCUUGACGCAACAACGGACCUUGGGAAGAAUCUUCUCUUCUCUGCCCUGCAGUUCCGGCGCAAUAACCCUGGCAUUCAGCUAGAGGUUCUGCACAACCCGGAGGCCGGUCUACCUUCGUCAGCUAUCAACCACGUCUUGAAAGAGCAACAAGACACUCUUCUCGAGGUGGAGAGCUUGGCGCAGCUCCAGCAGGUGCUCCUCCUCGAUGGGGCGGAACCUGAAUCUGACAACGACUAUGCGGCGGCACUCGCCUCCUUCCUGUCCGCAACCGGAAUUGCCCCCGGCUCCAACAAGCUCAUUCUCAACGGGCGGGUACUCGGUCCCAUCAACGCCGAGUUCGCCUUUGGAGAGGAAGAUUUCCAGCAAUUCUUCGACUUUGAACUCAAAGCUCGCAUUCUUCCGGUCUACGCCGCUCUGAAGGAAAUGGAGUUGACUGACCGACUUUCCGAUCCCGUUGCAGCUGCCAAGCUCACCUCCAUUAUCGCCCUGUCCACGAUCCCUGAUGUACCGGAGGGCAUUUUCGACUCGGGCCCUGCAACUCGAGUCAACGCGUUCCAGUCAUGGGACUCUACGGCCACCUCUAUGGAAGUUGGUGACGCCGAGGAAGCUAGCAUACAUCUCGUCGGUCUCCUGGACCCGGUGAGCGAACAAGCCCAGGCAUGGGUCCCGAUUCUGAAGGUCCUCUCCGAACUGGACGGCGUCUAUGUGAAGCUCUUUUUGAAUCCGAAGGACAACAUCGAGGAACUGCCCGUGAAGCGGUUCUUCCGCUACGUCCUCGAGUCGGAACCGAGCUUCGACGAGUCGGGCAAAGUGCGUGCUCCGAGAGCGAGCUUCAAGGCAUUGCCGUCGGAAGCUCUCAUGACGGUUGGCAUGAGCACGCCACCUGCCUGGCUGGUGUUCCCCAAAAUUUCGGCGCAUGAUCUGGACAAUAUCCGCCUGAGUUCCGUCAAAGGCGACAUCGAAGCCACAUACCAACUGGAACACAUCCUCAUCGAAGGCCAUUCACGCGAAGGCAAGACCGGCAACCCGCCGCGUGGUGCGCAGCUCGUCCUCGGGACCGAGGAUGAACCCCACUUCGCCGACACCAUCAUCAUGGCAAACCUGGGCUAUUUCCAAUUCAAAGCCAACCCGGGCAUCUACAACAUCCAGCUGAAGGAAGGCAGGACAUCCGAGAUCUACACCAUCGAGAGCAUCGGCGCCAAGGGGUGGACUCCGGUACCCGGAGACGAAGGGACCGACGUCGCGUUGAUGGACUUCCUGGGCACGACGCUGUACCCUCGUCUCAACCGCAAGCCCGGCCAGGAAGAGGCCGAUGUGCUGGAGGAACCCGAAACCGAGGGCGACGGCGGCAUCAUCGCCCAGGGUCUCAAGUUCGCAGAGGGACUCUUCGGGGGCGGCGGCAGCAAGUCGACCAAGUCGGUUUCGGCACAAGAGCACGCCGAGAUCAACAUCUUCUCGAUGGCGAGCGGGCACCUGUACGAGCGCAUGCUGAACAUCAUGAUGGCGAGCGUGAUGAAACACACCAAGCACACGGUCAAGUUCUGGUUCAUGGAGCAGUUCCUCUCCCCUUCGUUCAAGGACUUCCUCCCGCACAUGGCGGCCGAGUACGGCUUCCGGUACGAGAUGGUGGCGUACAAGUGGCCGCACUGGCUCCGGCAGCAGAAGUACAAGGAGCGCGAGAUCUGGGGGUACAAGAUCCUCUUCCUCGACGUGCUCUUCCCCCUCUCGCUCGACAAGGUCAUCUUCGUCGACGCCGACCAGAUCGUCCGCACCGACAUGAUCGACCUCGUCCGCCACGACCUCGAGGGGAAGCCCUACGGGUUCGUGCCCAUGUGCGACUCCCGCACCGAGAUGGAAGGGUACCGGUUCUGGAAGCAGGGCUACUGGGCCAACUACCUCCGCGGCCUCCCCUACCACAUCUCGGCCCUCUACGUCGUCGACCUGCGCCGCUUCCGCGACAUGGCCGCCGGCGACCGCCUCCGCCAGCAGUACCACGCCCUCAGCGCCGACCCCAACUCGCUCUCCAACCUCGAUCAGGACCUCCCCAACAACAUGCAGUUCUCCAUCCCCAUCCACAGCCUCCCGCAGGACUGGCUCUGGUGCGAGACCUGGUGCAGCGACGAGAGCCUCGCCACCGCGCGCACGAUUGAUCUUUGCAAUAACCCGGAAACCAAGGAGCCCAAGCUCGACCGCGCCCGGCGCCAGGUCCCCGAGUGGACUGCCUACGAUGAGGAGAUUGCCGCUUUGGAUCGGAGGCGGAAGGGCGUGCCCCCGCCGCCGGUGGAGGCUGCGACGGGCGGGGAGGAGCAGAAGGUCGUGGUGGCGGAGGAGAAGGAGACGGAAUCCGUGCAGAAGAAUCCCAAGAGCCGGAACUGGGAAGAGCCGCCCUCGGCUGAGAGUACGCAUAAGAGGGACGAGCUGUAGAGAGCAGCUCGGGAUGGAGAUGUACAAGUGUCAAUGUAGAUGUAGAUGGGGAUGGGAGUGUCGUGUGUCGUAUUGUCUCAAGCAAAGCGAGUCUGACAUGAUAUUGUGGUGGAAAAGACAAUGACGGGGGAAAAAAUAGAAAAACAAAAUACAAACACCAUCAGCAUGCCGGCCAUCAAGCUGAAUCGUAACUGAAUCUAG